UCAACUGUUGACACUUGAAGUUUUCCCUCUUUGUAUUUGAUUUCAUACUAACGUCUAUCAAAGUUAUGUUUUAAAAGUGUGGGCUUUGUUUUUAUAUAUUUUAAAAUUGAAGAAAAGCCGUUAAGUUGGAAAUAAGUAUUAUAGAAUCAUGGCAAAUGAAUCUAUCUUAUCCGACGAUUUUGAUAACUUGAAAAAAGACUACUUUAUUAUCAAAAAGGAACUAGAUCGAACUAACCAAGAAUUAUAUGACUGCAAAAGACAACUAAAGGUACAGGAAGCUUUACAACAUGAAUUUCAAAGUGAAAUUGACAUGUUACAAUCUGAUGAAAUUCGCCAGAAACAAAAAUAUCAAGACAUGAUUUCACAUCUUGAAGAAACUAUUAGCAACCUGAGAUCAAAUUAUAAUGAACAGAUUCAGACGUUGGAGUCAGCUAUAGUAAAUUUAGAAGAGAAAAAUGUUGCACUUGAAGUGGAACUUGGGGCAGUUAAGAAAACGAAUUCAUCAAUGUCAUUCAGUGGAGACACCACACAGUUAAUUGAGGAGAUUCUCUUACUCAAAGAGGAUAACCAAGGUUUCACAGAAAACCGUGAUGAACUUGUAGCCAACUUGGAAGAACUUCAGCAUAAUAAUUUUGAACUACAAAAAACUCUGGAUGAGUGCAGAAUGGAAUCAUUGAAUCUCAAAGAGAGUCUUGAAUGUAAACGUGAAGAAUUGUUGGAGGCUAAUAAUUUAAUUCAGAAGUUGAAUGAUGACAAAAUUUGUUUGCAGACAGAGCUGGACUCUCUCAAAAGUCAACCUCUGGAUGAAAAAAGUAAGGGAAAUUCAUUGUUUGCUGAGGUAGAUGACAGAAGGGUGUAUCUGCAGGAAACGAUAAAUAAAAUGAAAUCAGAUUACACCACUAUGUCACAAGAGAGAUCACAACACCUUAAUACAAUCCAUCAAUUGAAAUUAGAAAACCUGAGGCUGUUAGACAAAUGGAAAUCAGAUAGUUCAGAGAAAACAGAUGAUGAAGAUGAAGUCGUCAAGUCAUUGCAGUAUCGAAUAAAAGCAUUAGAAGAUCUCUUAGAAAAGUACAAAAAAGAUCUGGAAUCUAAACCAGUAGUCAUAUCAAAAAAUAAUUAUGAAGAAAUUCAAUAUUAUCAAGUAGUGUUGAAUAAUAAGAAUAAAGAAAUAGAAGAUUUAAGAGAUGAAAUAUCGUCUAGAUCAUUAACUCAAAUUUUACUAUCCACUUCUUUGAAAGAAGCCAAUGAAGAGAAAAGGAAAUGGAGAUUGGAGGCUAUUUCCAAACAGCAUCAGUUAGAUGCUAUAAAUAGUGAGUCUUCACUAGAUAAGGAAGAAGUAGAUAAUUUUGAGGCAAAACCAAACAAUUCCAAAAACGAAAGAUUAACAUUUAAUAGAUCUGAUAAUGUAACUAGAAGAAAUACCGGCGAUAAAAAAGAACUUAGAAAAACUACUGAUAUGAACAAUCUUGAAGUGAGGAAAACUGAUAGUAGAAUGAUAUAUGAAAAAUUUCAAAGAUCUGAAAGAGACACCCAGAGAGAUACCCAGUUCCGAGUCCCAGAAUUCAUUCAAAGAGGCAUGACAAAAACGAGAAAUAGUGAAAAGGUAAAUGAAGGCAAUGAUGAUGUGUUUGAGAAUAAUAAAGAAGAAAGUAAUAAAACUGUCAGUAGUGAUACCAAGACAAAUGAAGAUAAAGAAAACCUAUCAGAAAAUAUGGAUCCAACAGCAAAUAAGUUACAAAAGGACCAGCCUAGAAAAGUAACAUUCUCUGAAAAUACAGUUUCUCCCAAAAAGUCUAGCGGAACGAGCAUGAGAACUUGUAAACGAGUUAUUGUUGCAAACCCUGUUUAUUUUUCCAGCAAACCAGAUAAUUAGAGUAUAUAUUUUGGAAAUGGAGCCACAAAACAAUUCCAAAUUAUUCAUUAUUUCUUGUACAUUUUUUUAAAAUCGUCAAGUAAACCAUUGCAUUAGUUUUUAUAUUCGUGAAAAAUAUAUAUACGUUAAAAAGCUUUA